AUGUCUGAGGCUGCCACGUGUCCUUGGGCCUCCUUCCGCAGGGACCCCAUUCCGCACCUCCUCCUGAGGGCAGCUGUGCUGUAUAGAAGCGCCACCAGGAGGCGCCCUCUGCCAGCCGAAGCCGGCCUGCGGGCCCUCCUCGGGCGGGCUGCGCUGCCGCUGGCGCAGGGCGGUGCAGGGCGAGGGCUGCGCCGGGGACCCCGACGUCGAGCCACCGCAGAGCGUGCACCUCGGCUCCGGCCGCUCGCGCCCCGCGGCCCCAGCCCGGCGUCUCCCGCUCGGCCGCGGGCCCCGGGGCGGCGGCAAGUUUGCCCCGACCGCUCGGCCCCGCCGCCGUCCCGCCCCUCGGGCGCCCGGCUCCGGGCGCGCGUGGCCAGGGCGAGCGGGCAAGGAGGGCGUGGGGGCCGCGCGGCUUACCGGCACCUGAGGGGUCACUUGGCCGGCGGGCCCCGCCGCAGUCUCCCUGCUGCCCGCCGGGCGGCGCCCCGCGCCUGGGCCGCGCUCCUCCCGCGCUGCCCGCUCACAGCCGCCAGGCACAGACUGCCUUCAGCUGCCAGCGGAUGGCGCUGGAGCCGCCGCGGCUGCCGCGGAAAAGGGAAAAAUGAGAAAAGGAAAACUACGGCUCGGCGGCCGGCGGAGCAGCGCCCGCCCCGGCUCAGCCCUAUAGCGCGGAGCCGCCCAGGAGUUGGAUCAUGCAAUUAUGCAGGCUGAGAAGUCCCAGAGUCUGCUGUCUGCAAGCUGGAGACCCAGGAAAGCCAGUGGUGUCAUUCAAUCUGAGACCAAAGGCCUGAGAACCAGGAUCUUCGAUGGCUGUCCUGGCUCAAGCAAAGAGCAAAUUUGCCGUUCUUCCGCAUUUUUGCUUUUUCAGGCCUCCAGUGGAUUGGAUGAUGCCCACUCUUGUUGGUGAAGCUCCCAGGGCAGUGCCUGGUACCUGGAGGGGCUUAGUGAACAAGUGCUGAGUGAAUGAAAGCCUUGAGUCAGUGCCUCUGCUCCUCUGUUGAAAUGAGCCAGCAAGAAGAGCAGCCUCGUCCUGCGGGGGUCACCACACUGUCCAGAGCUGGGUGUGUGUGAGAGAAAUCGCUGCAGAGGGACCGGGGCUGCUGCAGGGUCUCCAGGCUGCUGGCGGAGGAGGCUUUCUGAUCCAGCUGUCAGCGUUUUCACUUAGGACCUUAAUCUUAACUGUGUAAUCACACUGUAAAUUGGUUAUCUUAAAAUAUGUGAUUUGUGGGGGCGUGGGGAGUGGGCAAGAACAUCAACUUCUUUUUACCUUCCUGUAUUAUUUAAAAUUUAGAACAGCUCUCCAUGAUUUUAUAAUCAAAAAACUAAAUAGAAGUUUAAACAUGUUUAAAAAUAAGAAAUAGAAUAUGGUUGGGAAAUAACGAUGCUGCAUGGUUAGUUUCUGAAUGUGGUUUUCAAUGGUCCCAAGAAACCUGGCUUCAAGCAUGCGAUAUCUCAUUGAGCAGAGUCAGACCGAGUCCGACUGCUUUCUUAAUUUGCUCUUUUCUUGCUUUUCUUCCUAAUCUGUUUUGUGAAUUUUCUGUGCCAUGAUAGCUUCAUUUGCUUUUUGUUUUGAUUUGCCUUAUUCUGGCUUGUGACAUUUAUCUCAGCUCUUAUCCGGCUUAAUCUUUCUAGCUCCACAUUCCCAGGAGACAGGAAAAGCUCAGCUGUUUCCUGCCAGCUCCCUGGAGCUUUGGUCACUACCUGAUGGAUUUGUCUACACUUAGGUCAAGGGCCUGCUCGAUCUAAUCAGCUAGGAGUCAUGGGGUCGUGUGGUAUGGGACCUGGAAGAGGAAGGCUUAGAGAACUCAGCAAGAAGUGGUAGAACCUUGUUGCUAGUUUCCAUUCUAUGGCUUUUCCUUGUUGCCUUCGCCACUACUGUUUAAACUUGAACAUUUUAUAUGAAUGUUUUUCAUAUAUGAAGGCUUUUCUUUUUCGUUUCAAAACCAUUCAAAAAUGUACUUUCCAAGUCCAUGAUAUUCUCUACAUUAUUAAAACUGUAUUCAAUUAUUAAGCAGUCAGCUACUAACAUCAAGUCUUUUGCACUCCCACACAUAGUCAAAUGAGAGCAAUGCUAGAAAUCCCAUUUUGAGCAGUGAGUGGCAGAUUUUAAUGAGAUAGAAUGCCAUACUACAAGGAGAUUAGCGCAUAUCUCACUUUGUGCUACAUGAGCCUCUCAUUCAUUUAUUCAACAAAUCCUUCAACCUUGUAUGAGGUGCUAUGUUGGUUCUGGGAGUAAAAAAGAUAAUAAGACAAUCCAAGCAACCAAGAUGCUCAGGAGCCA